AUGCGCGUCUUUGUUCUGCUAUGCUGUGUGUUUGCUUUGGGCAGCGCUGACAAGCUGGGCUACAACUAUCAGCCCACAGCUCAAGUGGAUGAGGCGCUGCUGGCGAUGCAACAAGGCGAGGCGCAGCUGUCGCUGCCCAUAGAAAUGCAAGCAAUAGUGCCAGAGGCUGUGCCACUUGUGUCGGAAUUCCAAAAGGAAUUCUAUAGCUAUGCCGCGCCCGAGGAGCAGUUCGAUGAUCCGAUUAACCAGCAGCAAUUGACCGAUUCGCUAAAGAAAAAUCUGCGCAUUGUGUUCAUACGCACACCCGAGAAUCGCGGCUUCGAGCAGGCUGCACUGCAGCUGGCCAAGCAGUCGGCUCAACAGCAAACCGCCAUCUAUGUGCUCAGCAAGCAGCCAGACAUUGGCAGCUUGGCCAAGCAGCUGAAUGAGUUGAAGUCCAGCUCGAGCAGCAAGCCCGAGGUGCAUUUCGUCAAGUAUCGCACGCCACAGGAUGCGGCCAAUGCACAGCUGGCCAUACAGAAUCAAUAUAAUCAGCUGCCUGGCGUCUCGCGCAUUUCCAACGAGGGCAGCGCGCCCGUAUUGAACUUUGCCUCACAGACGCCGUCGCUGGCCGCCAGCAGCAAUGUGGCGCGCACGCCAAGCGCUGAUUACUUGCCAGCCAAUGUGGUGGCCGGACAGGACUAUUUGCCACCCACUUUGCGCCGCUUUCGCGUGAAGUAA